CAUUAGUAUUUAUCUACACAAUAGAGUAGAGAAAAUAAAGAAAGUGAGAUGGAAGAAUUCAACUAUGAAGAACUCAAAGAAGCCACCAAAAACUUCUCGCCGGAUAAUCUAAUCGGAAAAGGUAGCCAUGGAACCGUUUAUAAAGGAAUCUUAAAAGACGGAAGAAUUGUGGCUGUUAAGAAGCAAUCCCCGGGAUUAAGAAAGCUCCAUGAUAACUCAAAGCUCGAAAACGAGAUUCGAGUCUUGUCAUCACUUCAAACAUCGAGUGACCAUUUCAUUACCUUACUCGGGACGAGUCACGACGAUGAUUCAUCACUAAACCGCCACGCUAUUGUCAUGGAACACAUGCCAAAUGGCACACUACACGACCUCCUACACUCGACUAACUCUUCACAACCGCUAUCGUGGACCAAACGUGUCCUAACCGCCCUCCAACUCGCCAAAGCCCUAAGGUUUUUGCAUCGUGAGCAACCAACGAUUGUCCAUCGUGACGUCAAAUCAGCUAACAUAUUGUUCGACUCGGGAUGGAAUGCUAGGCUGGCGGAUUUCGGAUUGGCAACUAUAAUACCGGGUGACUCAGUGAGUCGACUCAGUCAACCGGCGGGCACAAUGGGUUAUUUAGACCCUUGUUAUACGACUCCGUGUGAGUUGAGCACAAAAAAUGAUGUGUUCAGCUUCGGGGUAGUGUUGUUUGAGAUCAUAAGCCGAACAAAGGCUAUCGAGGUCACUAGACGACCAUCUUCGCUAGUGGAUUGGGCAACACCGCUAAUAGCGCAAAACAAGUUUUCGGAUAUAUGCGAUAGAAAUCUUUUGUUACCGUCGAAUUUUCAAGGAUCGAUAAAGCAAUUGAUAAGAUUAGCAGGUCGAUGUGUAUCUAGUAACAUUAACCGUCCAACAAUGGAAGAUAUCGUCACGGAAAUGGAGAGUACUUAUAAUUAUAUUGUACGAGUGAAAUUUCCGUUAUGGACCAACAUUUUUUACGUGUUACAAAAUAAACAACAAAAAAUGAUUCUUAAACGAAGGAUUGUGUGUGCCAAAGAGGAAGCAAAUAGUAAGGGUAACACAUCUAAAGGGAAAAUGCUAUUGAGGGAGGUCUUGGGCGAGUCACACUGAGUUGAAGAAGUGAACUCGGAUGAGUUUAUAUAGAAUGAAGUACAAA